AUGGCGGUGACAGAUGGUCUUGUCCCUCAACGCCAGGCACCACCGCCCCCACGGCCCUCUACUUCCAGCAACAAGUCGCUCUCACUUCAACUGUCGGCAGGAUCCGUACCACAGUCACCCGCUUCGUCCUUUGGCUCGACACCUACUUCGCCCCUCCACCUCAGCGAACACAACAUCAGCCCCAAGGAGACUAACACUCAGUCGUCCAGGGACCAUAUUCAACCUCAAGUGCCAGCCCCACCUCGUGUGCCCCCACCCAAGAAGGGGCCCCCUCCACCCCAAAAGCCCUCAAGACACAAUAACGACUAUAGAUCCCCUCAGGAUGCAAUGCGCUCAUACCCUACCGAGAACACCAUCAGCCUGACCACCCACCACCACCACACGUCCUCGCCAAAGUCCUCCUACAGUAGUCGUUCACACCAGCACUACGACUCUUCCUCAGAGUACUCCUCCAACCGAUCAACUUUCAAAGGCGUCUUUAGCAAUAUCGUCAACUCCAUGACAGACCUGCUGUCCUCUGACAAGAAGAUGGAGAUCUCCUCUCCCUACAACCCUGUCCAUUUGACCCAUGUGGGAUAUAACCUCGACACAGGAGAGUUCACAGGUUUGCCCAAGGAAUGGCAGCAAUUGUUGCAAGAGUCAGGAAUCUCAAAGCAGGAUCAGGCCGCCCAUCCCCAGGCCGUCAUCGACAUUAUUGGAUUCUACACCGACAGUCAGGAGGGCAAACAAAACGAUGCUGUUUGGCAAAAGUUCGGACAUAACCCUGCCGACAGCAAACCAGGAAAGCCAAGUCCAUCGUCGACUGUCAGCAGUAUUUCGUCUCAGAAACCCCAGACUCCAAAGGAAGAACGCGAGAAGCCCACUUCUCCUCCUCCUACUGCCCCACGCCAACAAGUCUUUGAGAAUCCUCGAGUCCCUCCUUCGCCUCACCAGGCCAAAAAGCUGCCCGUCAAGCCAACAGAUUUGACUCCAGUGGAGAAGACAGAGGCAUUAGAAAAGAUUGAUACGGAUUCAAGCCCUGUUUCGCCUCCUGUAGUCUCACCCGUCAUAGCGCCUGCUCAGGCUCAGCCUCAACCACCCCGGGUGCCCCCAACCAAGCCCAAGAAGCCAUCAGUGCCUGUUAUUGCCCCUCUUGCGGCCAUCCCACCUUUCAAGGGCAACCCUUCGCCUUCUUCCGCCAGCCAGCAGCAGCAGCACCACCAACAACAACAGCAGGCACCACCAAAGCGCCGCGAGAAGAAGCCCGAAGUCAGCUCUCAGGAUGUGAUUCGUCGUUUGCAGGCAAUUUGCACGGAUGCAGACCCAACAAAGCUGUACCGUAACUUGGUCAAGAUUGGACAGGGGGCUUCAGGAGGGGUCUACACUGCCUACCAGGUCGGCACCAACCUGUCGGUUGCUAUUAAGCAGAUGAACCUGGAGCAGCAGCCCAAGAAGGACUUGAUCAUCAACGAGAUCUUGGUCAUGAAGGAGUCGAGCCACAAGAACAUUGUCAACUAUAUCGACUCUUUCUUGUGGAGAGGAGAUCUCUGGGUCGUCAUGGAGUACAUGGAGGGCGGCAGCUUGACUGAAGUCGUCACCACCAACGAGAUGGCCGAUCCACAAAUUGGAGCCGUCUGUCGCGAGACUCUCUUGGGAUUGGAGCAUCUGCACUCAAAGGGCGUCAUUCACAGAGAUAUCAAGUCGGACAACGUGCUUUUGUCCCUGAACGGAGACAUCAAGCUGACUGACUUCGGGUUCUGUGCGCAGUUGAAGGAGAGUCAAGGAAAGAGGACGACGAUGGUCGGUACACCUUACUGGAUGGCACCUGAGGUGGUGACGCGGAAGGAGUACGGACCCAAGGUUGAUAUCUGGUCCUUGGGUAUCAUGGCCAUCGAGAUGUUGGAAGGCGAGCCUCCAUACCUUAACGAGAAUCCACUUCGCGCUCUCUACUUGAUUGCGACGAAUGGAACACCGGCCCUGCAGAACCCUGAAAAGUUAUCGUAUGAGUUCAAGGACUUUUUGGCACAGUGUUUGGAGGUUGAUCCCGAGAAGCGUCCUACGGCGAGCGAGUUGUUGAAGCACCCGUUCUUGGUCAAGGCCCACUCUGUCCGGACAUUGGCCCCUCUUAUCCGUGCCGCCAAGGAGUCUCAACGCCAUUAA